AUGAAUUCUCUGUUCUUAUUAAGUUACUUUUACAGUAGCUGUAUUCUGCUACUUCUGGUGCACCAAGCUAGUAGUUGGGGGCCAUUGGAUCCCACAAAAGGCUUCAUAUCUUUACCAUUCAACAGAUCAUAUUAUCACAUUCAGAAACCAUAUGAUGUGCCUGAAAAUCGGAGAUACAGCUUCAAAAAUGGAGUUCACAAGUUAUGGGUUUUUGCCACAGACAAACCACACACUCUUACAAGCCAAACAAAACCUCGAACUGAGAUUGGCAUUCAAGGAUACAAUUAUUCAUCGGGAGUUUGGCAAUUCGAAGGGCAUGCCUACGUGCCAUAUGGGACGUCUGGCGUAUGCAUCAUGCAAGUGUUCGGGGCAGAUCCUCCUCAUGCGACCACCGCAAUGAUCAGAGUCUACAAUGGUUCGCUAAUGUAUUAUCAAGAAUCCGUCCUAGUUCCACGCAUCUAUAACCGGUGGUUCCAGCUAAAUGUUAUCCAUGAUGUUGAUGCUAACAAAGUCAGGGCUUUAUAUAAUCAUUCCGGCCCACUCCGGUCCAAUCCUCCAUUUUUUGUUCAGUUCAGCAAAUGGGUGCGCCCGGCGUACAAUAACGUUCCCACCUACAGCAAAAGGAUGAGCAAAGAGGAUCUGCCGAGGAAGGAGGCUAGCGUUGAGGCCCCCGUGCUUCCGCGUCAUAUGGCUGCCAGGUUUAACCGGAAUGGGGAGUAUUGCCUGAGCUGCGGCAAAGAUCGCACUAUUCGGCUCUGGAAUCCCCACCGUGGAUUGCAUAUCAAGACCUAUAAAUCUCACGGUCGUGAAGUCCGCGACGUCCAUGUCACCCCGGAUAACUCGAAACUGUGUUCGUGUGGGGGUGACAGACAAGUAUUUUAUUGGGAUGUGGCAACUGGUCGUGUUAUUCGUAAAUUUCGUGGUCAUGAUAGUGAGGUAAAUGCUGUAAAGUUUAAUGAAUAUUCAUCUGUCGUGGUAUCAGCAGGAUAUGAUCGCUCAGUGCGAGCUUGGGACUGCAGAUCUCAUAGCACUGAGCCUAUUCAGAUCAUUGACACUUUUUCCGAUAGUGUAAUGUCUGUUUGUUUAACAAACACUGAGAUAAUUGCUGGAAGUGUUGAUGGAACUGUUCGAACUUUUGACAUUCGAAUUGGUAGAGAAAUAUCUGACAACUUGGGGCAACCUGUCAACUGUAUCUCUCUUUCAAAUGAUGCUAACUGUAUAUUAGCCAGUUGCCUAGAUUCUACACUACGACUUCUGGAUCGGUCUAGUGGUGAACUAUUGCAAGAAUACAAAGGCCACACUUGCAAGUCUUUUAAGAUGGACUGCUGCAUAACAAACUCGGAUGCCUAUGUGACUGGUGGUUCAGAAGAUGGCUUCAUUUACUUUUGGGAUCUGGUGGAUGCAUCUGUUGUCUCCAGUUUUCGAGCCCACGUUUCUGUGGUAACCAGUGUAAGUUAUCACCCUAAGGAAAACUGUAUGAUCACUGCUUCGGUUGAUGGAACAAUCCGGGUUUGGACAUCCUAA